AUGAUGUGGGUGAGGAACAAAUCAUUAAAGUGGCCUUUCACUAACAGAGGCUUGGAGAAGAAUGCCUACCACAACAUGUCAGCAAAGGUGGCUGCCACAAUGUUAGAACGCAGGGUGCUGUCCAAGAGGAAGCGUCUGAAUGCUCUGAAAGCCAAUCUAGACCAACCAGUGACCAACCAGGUGAAUAUGAAGUACCAGAGACUGAAAUCUGAGGGCAAUGGUGGGGCAGCAUCUGCUGAUAUUCGCACUCGCAAGGAAGAAGAAGAUGCCAUGGAUCUGUUGGUGCUAGAGAACAGUCUGGAGAAAACCCAGUUCAAAGAGGCUACGAACAUUACAAGUAACUAUUUAAAACUCAAAAGUCACUUGCAGGAUGAAAGUCUGACUUUUGAGGGCCAGUUGGACAUUCUGGAAGCAGAAAACCUGAAGCACAGACAGGAGCUUCAGAAGUUGCAGGUCAUGAAUGAUGACGCCCAGCUCUCCAAAAAAGCUGCUAAGUUACAGCAGCUGGAGGAAUUGCUCUUCAAGGAGCGUGAGGAGAGAGAGUGUCUCACGAAAAAGGCUGAGGAGCUCAAAGCCCAGGCUGAAAAAGUCGACAGACGGUGGAUCCCGUUACUUCUUAGGGGGGGGACACGUCAGCAUCUGGAGAAGCUGAAGGGGGAGAACGAGGAGCUCCAGGUGCAGCUGAAGCAGCAGAAGGAGCUUUUGAUCCAAGAGUUUGAAAAUAUAAAAUAUUCAGGGUGGGUUAAAUUCUCCAGUCAUAAGCAGAUUUUGGAAGAGUGUGAGCAGCUACUACAGGCUCUGCAGCAGAGGUGUAAUGCAGGCAAAGAGCACCUACAUGGGUUUGUUAAAGCCUUCAGCACUGCCCGACCCACACUUGAGCACCUGACAGACAAACUGCGACACAUCACAGUGAGUGCAGACACAGUUGCUGAAGUGCAUCCAGAUGAUAUGUAUGUGGUGGAGCUGAUGACCCAGUUGGAGCUGAAAUUACAGAUGCUGCAACAGGAGCUUAAAGGAAAGGAUCUGGCUGCUUUUAAGAAGGAGGAAGAGGAGGACAAGAGCGGAGAGAGCGAGGCUAACAUCAUCUCACGUGAGGCUCUGAAAUGUCAGUCUGAGCUGAUCGUUAAAGCCAACUCUAAGAGGAAGCCGUGGAAAAAGUAGAAGGGCAAGUUCUGA